CUUUUGUGACUGCAAGGCAGAGGGUCAAGUGCUGAGUUGUGUGGCCACAGAGGCAACUCGGAGCUCUGGAGUGAGUUAAGCAGGAGAGGUGGGGGCUUAGGUGAGCAAGCAGGCAGGGCUGGGUUAGGGGUGCUGUGUGGGAACAUGGCAGAAGCCAUCAGCUAUGCAGACCUGCGGUUUGUGAAGGCUCCUCUGAGGAAGGACAUCUCCAAGCUGGGGCAGGACACCAAUGAGGAUGGAGAGCUCAGCUACAAUGUGCAGGUGCAUGAGUCCCUGGAGGCUCCCACAGGCUUGGUGCUGCCCCCCACACCAGGGGACCAAGCAGGCCAUGACCAUUCCAGCUGUUUAAAAUACUUCCUGCUGGGCCUCCUCCUCAUGUGUCUGCUGGUAAAAGUGGCUGCCAUGUGCCUGGGCAUGCACUACCUGCAGGUGUCUCAGCAGUUUGGGCAGAUAAGCAUGCUGCUGGAAGCCAAGAACAGCAGCCUUGAGGAACAGCUCCACCUUGGAACCACCCAAAUGCGACAGAUGGAAAAGAACCUGCAAGACUCCAAGGAACAGCUGGCCCAGAGUCAGAGAGCACUAGAAGAGGAGCAGAGGGCACACCAGGCUGCUGAGGAGCAGCUGCAGCUCUACCAGGCAAACAGGACGAAGAUGCAAGAGAACUUGCUGGCAGUGCAGCAGAAGCUGAGCCACCUGCAGGACACACUGAGGCCCUUCUUCACCUGCCCCUCACAAGACACCUGCUGUGCGGUCGGCUGGAUACCCACCUGGGGAAGGUGCUUUCACAUCUCAAUCACCAAGAGAAAUUGGCAGGAAAGCUGGGAGUACUGCAAAUCUCUGUCAUCCAACUUGGCCAAAUUCAGAGGUUCUUCUUGGGGUCGUUUUUAUCAUGAACGUUAUGCCUGGAACAGCUUGUUGUCGCAGUUAUCCAAGGACGCUUCCUUUUGGGUUGGCCUCAGCUAUAACAAGGGCUGGAGGUGGAGUGACGGUACGCCAUAUGGUGGGUUUGGUCGUGGUAGCUCAAACUGUGCCAUGUUAGAGUACAAUGGAUUAUGGUCUCUGAAGACACAGGCGUGCAAUACGCCUCUUCCCUGCAUCUGUGAGAUGGCAUCUUUCAGGUUUCCAGAUGGGAAUCAUUCUUUACAUAAUCCAGAAGGAACUCAGAGCUCUCUAGUAAGCAUAGUGGGAGUGGAGAAGGGUUUAUGUGAGCACGCAAGUGUGCUGGGGACAGGGGUGCUGCAAAGGAACAUGGCAGAGAACAUCAGCUAUGCAGACCGGCAGUUGGUGAAGGCCUCUCUGAGCAAGAAUAUCUCCCACUCGGGCCAGGGCCAUGGCCAACCCAGGUGCUCUCAGUACUUCCUGCUGGGUCUGCUUGUCAUCUGCCUGCUGUUAAAAGUGGCUAUCAUCUGCCUGAGUGUACAAUAUCUGCAGGCUUCCCAACAGAAGCUGAGCCACCUUGAGGAGAUGCUGAGCCCCUUCUUCACCUGCUCCUCACAAGACACCUGCUGUGUGGCGGGCUGGAAACUAAUCAACGAAAGAUGCUUUUACAUCUCACUCACUAAGAGAGAUUGGCAGGAAAGCCAGGAGUAUUGCAAAUCUCUGUCAUCUAACCUGACCACUGUCAGAGACAAUCCUUGGAAAUAUUAUUAUUCAGAGAGUUCUCCCUGGAAGAGUUUAUUGUCAGAAGUAUCUGAGGACACUUCGUAUUGGGUUGGCCACGGCUUAAUCAAGGACUGGUGGAUGUAUUGGGGGUGCUCCAUGUUAGACUAUAGGCAGUCAUGGUAUCUGAAGCCAAAGGUGUGCAAUACCCCUCUUCCUUGCAUCUGUGAGAUGGAGUCUUUCAGGUUUCCAGAUGGGGACCGUUCUAUGUAGAAUUCAGGUGUUGAUGCCAAGAGUUUAUAGAGCUUUCCCAUCUGACCUCUGCCAGCAGAAUCUAGCUGUAGCCUGACCCACACCUGACUUCUAGAAAUAACUGUGGACACCAUGGCCAAGAACCUGCCCUGGUGGCAAGACAUUGUAUGUGGGCAUGAGGGCACAUUAGCUGAAUGGUUAAGGGCAGCCAGAGCCAGCUGGGAAGUCUAAAUGAAAUUGGUUUAAAUAAUUUGCACUUGUUAGUCUCGUGUGUCAAUAAUGCUGUGUGUGGUUGGGUGGGUUCCACGGGAAA